GUAGAUCCCAGCCCUUCGUUGGAUUUUCCCUUUCCUGAUAUAAUAAUAAUGCAUUCUUCUUCCUCAUCGCGUUUCUUAAUCCAUUCCGAAUAAGGAAGCUUUUCCUCUCUCUUUCUCUCUCUGACUCCCUCUCGCGUGCUUGGAGGCGAUGAAUCAUUCGCUGUCGGGGGGAGGCCGGCCGGCGGCGAUGGGCCCUCCGCCAGGGCUCGCGCGCUACGGCUCAGCCCCCGGAUCCUUCCUCGCCGGGAUCGCUGACUCUGUCAUGGCUUCCAGCGGCGGAAGCGGAAGCGGAUCGGAGCGGUCUCCCGCCUCAGCCGGAUCGGAGAGGAUGAUGACCCGGUUCUUCACCGGCGAUUCGCACUGCCUGACUUCCGAAUCAAGCUACCGGAGUCCGGAAGGCGACGCCACCGCCGGAUCCCCUCUGGUCCGGCACAGCAGCUUGCCUUCGGCCUUCUUCUCCCAUCAACUGGCGGAUCAAGCAGGUCUUUCUAGUGCAAGGAUGAUUGGAAAUUACUCUCAAGCAGGCACAGAAAACCUCCAUGUAUUGGCACAUAGAAGGCAACGUGCCCAGUGGGGCUUCUCUAGGCAAGACUCCUUGUCGCAAAUUUCUGAAUUGAGCAUCCCAGAAGUGGAAGAGAGUGAUACAUACCAUGACUCCGACGAGGCAGCUGGGAAUGCCAGCCAAUCCUACAUUUCUAGCAACUUUCAAUUGGGCUCAUGGGAUGAUACCAAUUCAAUUACAUUUUCUGCUCCACAAAGCAAAAGGAUUAAGUGCAAUAAUGAGGAUAUAGUUGCUAGCCUCGGCGACAUUCAUUCACAGUUUAGCCUUCCAAGGACAUCAUCAGAAUUGUCUGAGUUAGAGAAAUACGUUCAGAUCCAACAAGAUUCAGUCCCUUGCAGAGUUCGAGCUAAGCGGGGUUGUGCAACUCAUCCCCGGAGCAUUGCUGAGAGGGAGAGGAGAACACGAAUUAGCAAAAGGCUGAGGAAAUUGCAAGAUCUUGUGCCUAACAUGGACAAGCAAACGAGCACCUCAGACAUGCUGGAACUGGCGAUUCAACACAUUAAAGAGCUGCAGAGCCAAGUACAGAACCUUAAACAAGAACAAACCAAUUGUACAUGCACAUCGAAGCAGGAAAAGGCUUGAGGGCUGGUGACUAUGCAUGCUCACGCUGUGCAUUAUUGUUGUUGUGUUCCCUGUUUUCUUUAAACAAAAAUUGCUAUAUAUCAAAAGAUAGAAGACCACAUUACCAACAUUGUACGACUACAUGGAUAUCCAAGGAACCAUGUCUGGAUGUGCAAACUAUACAAGGGAGUUGUGCACUGUCAUUAUCGUGCUUCUCUAUUUAAGUUAGACAAAAUUUCUCACAGCAAAUAUGUUGAGGGUUUAUUGUGAUAUCGUAUAGUAUAGGACCUUGCUGAUUGUAGGUGACAAGUACAUGCUAAUAAUAUUAGUUCUGUAUUGUUGUUAUU